UUUCACUUGUCUGUCUAUCAUAGAAAAGCCACACACAACCUUACAACAUUGUCGGAAGUGGAAUGUUUCUUACAUGUGUAAGAUUCAGCGUAUAGUUUAGUUGGCAAGAAAACUUGUCCUCCGGUUGCAUGUCGUUGAUACCCCACCUGCAGCCUGCACGUUCACCGGGAGCAUGCUCGUGCUUGGCCGCCGUGGUCACGGUGCUCUGUUUAAAUGCGACGCCGGAGCUCUUGAACUCCCGGAGAUGUUGAUAACUGAGCCGUGCUGGUUGUCUGCCUGUUUUUAUCUCCUGCUCAGUGCAGCCACGCGUUGUGGAUCCCCUGACGGUCCGAUGAUGCUCGCUCGCUGAGAGCUGCGGAUGGGAUCCGUUUCUGGCCGUUUGAUCUGCAUCCUUUUAGAGCGUGAAGGCCGGGUAAUGCUCUCGCGGAAACCCCGCGCGCAGUCCACUUAGAGCCGCCGUUACUAUGUCGACCGCCUGUGCGCCUCGCUCUCCGCCGGUCUUCGCGGCGCUACCGGGCUCCAGUGACGUCGCUGGGGCAACGGUGUCCGGUCAGACGGCGGACAGAGCUCUGUAUACCUCCGAGCGGCACGCGCGCCUCUUGCUGACCCAGAUGAACAAGAUGCGACUCCGGUCGGAUUUCUGUGACGUCCGGCUGCUGGUAGGUGGGCGAGCGUUUCAGGUCCACCGGCUCGUGUUAGCCGCGAGCGGACCCUACUUCGCCGCACUCUUUUCUGGAGCGAUGAGCGAGGCGCACGAAGAAGAAGUGCACCUGGCCGGGGUGGAGGCAGAAGUGUUUGAAGUACUGCUGGAGUUCAUAUACACAGGCUCUAUCGACGUGAAUGUGGAGAAUGUUCAAGAGCUGAUGGUGGCUGCUGACAUGCUGCAGCUCUCUGAGGUGGUGGCCAUUUGUGGUGAGUUCCUGCGAGGCCAGAUGGAGCCUUCCAACUGCGUGGGCAUCUACCAGUUCCUGGAGCAGAUCGGCUUUGUUGACUUGAUGGAGUUUACGGAGAACUACAUCCAGGUUCACUUCUUAGAGGUGUGUGGAGGGGAGGAGUUCUCCAACCUGUCUAAGGAGCAGCUGGUGCGGUUGCUGCGCAGUGAGGAGCUGAGGGUGGAGGAUGAGUACCAGGUGUUCACCGCCGCCAUGGACUGGCUGCUGCACGACGUCUCGCGCAGGAAGAAGCAUGUGGUGGAGGUGCUGGAGCCCGUGCGUUUCCUCCUGCUCUCCCCACAGAGACUCUUCAAGUUCAUCGAGGGUGUUUCUGACUUCAGCCUGCGGGUGGCACUGCAGAGCCUGCUGAAGGAGUACACAGAGGUCAGCAAGUCCCCCAAAGAAAACAAGACACUGAGCAUGCUCCAGCCAGCCAAGACCAGGCCACGGAGAAAAGCCCGCAAAUACCUCUAUGCGAUCGGAGGGUACACUCGGCUGCAGGGCGGACGCUGGAGCGACAGCAGGGCACUGAGCUGUGUAGAGCGCUUUGACUCCUUUAGCCAGUACUGGACCACCGUCUCCUCCCUGCAUCAGGCUCGCAGUGGUCUGGGGGUGACAAUCCUAGAAGGCAUGAUCUACGUGGUGGGAGGCGAGAAAGACUCCAUGAUCUUUGACUGCACAGAACGUUACGACCCAGUGACCAAGCAGUGGGCAUCAGUGGCCUCGCUCACCUACCCACGCUGCGGCCUCGGAGUGUGUCCCUGCCAUGGAGCUCUCUAUGCUCUUGGCGGCUGGAUUGGUUCGGAAAUUGGGAAGACCAUGGAGCGCUACGAUCCGGCAGAGAAUAAGUGGGAGGUGAUUGGGAGCAUGCCAGUCCCGCGCUACUACUUUGGCUGCUGUGAGCUACAAGGUCUCAUCUAUGUGAUCGGGGGCAUCAGCGAUGAAGGGGUGGAGCUACGCUCGGCUGAAGUCUAUGACCCGAUCAGCCGUCGCUGGACUGCCCUGCCCGUCAUGGCUACCCGCCGGGCGUACGUGGGCGUCACAUGCCUGAAUAACUGCAUCUACGCCGUGGGAGGGUGGAAUGAGGCGCUGGGCUCCCUGGACACUGUGGAGAAAUACUGCCCAGAGGAGGAAAAGUGGGUGGAUGUGGCGUCCAUGACGGUGCCUCGCGCUGGCGUUUCCGUGGCGGCGGUCAACGGGCUGCUCUAUGCCGUUGGCGGGCGGACCUCUAGCCGGGACUUCUCGGCACCGGUCACAGUGGACUCAGUGGAAAUUUUCGACCCGCACCAGGACACUUGGACCGAAGUGGGAAACAUGAUCACCAGCCGCUGUGACGGGGGCGUGGCCGUGCUCUGACGGACACCCGCUCAGCUGCUGCCUGUGCCCAGCGUAACACUUCCCUGUGUGGCAUCACACAACUGUGGCAAUCAAAAUGAGAAGAAAAAUCUGUCACAUAAUGUUUGACAUAUUGUAGUAAUAUUUGUACAUGGCGCUUCUAGAUGUUGGCUAAGGUAGAUGAAGACACUGACAGGUCUGUGUCGAUAAUUGCCGUUUUAGCCGGACGGUUGAAACGAACCUCGCCUGACGUCGGAGUUCUGUCGCUAGGAUACAAGACCCGAGCCGCUCAAACACGAGAGCGGCUGGUGGGCUGGUCGCGCGCUAGCCACGAGGGAGUGGAGCUCGCGAGUUCCAGCGCGCCACCGGCCUCGCCAAGUCACGAGACUCCGUCUGUCGCGUGUGCUCGGCGGGCGCGUGACUUGGAGCGGCUCGUGCCUUUUUAAAAGGGGAAGUUUGCGUGCACCAAAAAAAAAAAGCAAAAAAAAAAGAAGCUCAAGACGUGGUGAAAAGGCUCCGUGAGACGCUGAAUUUACAACCGUUUUACUGCAUGCUGAGCACCGGACCGGAGAAGCCCGCUUCCCUCCAGGGCUGGUGUUCCAUGUGGACUGGCCUGGGGUGUGCUCUUCACUGGCAUCAUGCUUUUGACGUGCCGACUGUCGUCUCUACGCGUUUCUUGCCGACUACACUAUUAAACCCAUCUAGCACUGACACGGUCAUGAAGGUAACUGCAGCUCGUCUGUAGCUCUCAAAUGGUCUUUCCCACGCGAAACCACACGUCUGCAAUUUUUAAAAUCAUCUCAUUCCCUUGAUAUGAACAAUGGAAGUAAUUCAAACGCAUCAUCAGAAACAUGGAUUUCUUUACAAAGCCACAUUGUCAAUCUGAGGCCGCAUUUACUUAUUUUGUAAACGAGUCCGAAAGUAUUACAUCUACUUUUAAAACACUCUUCACAUUAGUUUAUUUUUUAGAACACCAUUAAGAAUUUUCACGUACAGCAUAUGUCCAAAUGCACCAGUUCGGUCGAGUUGAACAGAAAGUCACUGGCUUCAUAUACACCGUUUCUGGCAGUGGUUUAUUCUGUUUCAGUAGAAUUUGAAGAGUGAAUUUUCUGUCUCAGAGUGUGUUCAUUUUUCAUUAAAUGAAUCUGUUUACUGUA